AUGUCAGAUUAUUCUUCGCAGACAGUUGCACAGCUCAAAGAGCUCUUGAAACAAAGAGGAUUGAGCACAGAAGGUAAAAAAGCCGAUUUGGUGACUCGAUUGAUCGACUCCGAUAAUUCACAAGUUACUGCAGCAGCACAGGAAGAGGCACCAUUGCAAACUGAGGGCUCUACAACUGAUGCUGCCAAUGAAGUGUCUAUUGAAGCACCAACUGAAGCGUCGGCUCAACCAAUUGAUUCGAAAGUUGCCGCAAACGAAUCUACUGCUAGCAGUGCAGCACCAGGCUCUGAACCAACACUUACCGUGAUCCAACCACAACCCAAAACUACUCAAGUAGCAGAAGGAGAAGCAGGAGCAGAUUUGAAAGAAAACAAAAAAGAGUCAGAGCCCCCAAAACAGCUCACUGCAGAGGAAAGGAAACAGCUUGCUGUAGAAUUAUUACAAAAGAAGAUUGCAAGAGCAGAGAAGUAUGGUGAUGAAAAACUGGCCGAAGAGUCAAGAAAAUCAUUAAACCGUGUUGAGAAAUUUGGCGUUGAGUUGGGAACUAGUUUGGCUAGAGAAAUUGGACUUGUUGAUGAUAAAUUGGGUAGUGGAAACGGGUUUAAGAAGCACCAUGGAAGAAGAGGUAAGUUUAACCGUGGUCGUGGUAUAAGAAAGAACCGCGGUGGCCGUAGGUAA